AUGACAUGCCGCACUCUCGCAGCAACGCUUCAUGACGAGCUCAGCGACGACAGCAGGAUAGAGACUCGGCGGGCACUUCUUCGCCAACUGGCCGACGACCACAUCAAUGCCGUGCCAUUUCAGCAGGUGGACGUCAAAUGGCUACAGCUCUACACCGACGCAACCAUCCUCGAAACCCUCAGCGGCCUCUUAUCCCCCCAUCCCGCAACGCUAGCUCUGAUCUGUCAGCUUGACAUGGCGAUUAUCAUUGCUGGCGGUGCCAACAGGCUAGAAACUAUCCACCUCCUCAUCGGAAUCGCCCAAAGCCGGCUCGAAGCACACUGCCCUCAGCCCACCCCCUCCCUCCCCAAAGCGCCGCUGGCCCCGGACCUGCUAUACGCACCACACCCCAUCCCCGAGCUCGACCCACCCAGCGUCGAAGCAUUCAUCACCUCCUGCUCUGCGUCCCCCUUCAUCCUCCGCGGAUUCGCCAAUCGUGACUCAGAGGUCUGCCCCUCCUGGCCGGCGUUCGGUCGAUGGUCAUCGGCAGAUUAUCUGUUGGCGACUGCGGGACCAGGGCGGGUCGUUCCGGUCGAGCUAGGAAGGGCGUACGAUGACGAGGGGUGGUCUCAGCGGAUCGUGCCGUUUGAGGACUUUCUUCGUCGCGCGGGGUUCCUGGAAAAUCCCACAGGGGAAGCCAUGUAUCUCGCGCAGCAUUCGUUGUUCCGCCAGAUGCCGGGUCUCGAAGAGGACAUUGCCAUCCCCGACUAUGCCUGGUCGCUUCCGGAUGCGGACUAUCCUGCUUACCGUCGCCCUGCCGAGCCCGAGCUCAGCGUCUGGGUGGGCAGCGGGUCCAGCGAGAUUGUCAGCCCGCCCCAUACCGAUCCAUUCUUCAACUGCUAUAUCCAAGUGGUCGGGGAGAAGCGGGUUUGGAUCGCCCCUCCGCAUCUGUCGCACCAGAUGGAGGCGCAUACCCCAGACAGCAACGGCUCGGUCGCAGCAAAAGAGUAUAUGGGCAACACCUCGCGGGUCCCGAUUCUCAAAGCUUCUCCGGGAGAUGCAUGGGCAGCCCAUCCAUCCUUCAAAGAGUCCGUAUAUCCGCACAGUCGCGAGGCGGUGCUCCGGUCGGGGGAUAUGCUGUUCAUGCCGCCCGGCUGGUGGCACGCGAUGCGGGGUGAAGGGGCUGGGCCUGGAUGGAGCGUAUCAAUCUGGUUCUAA